AAUAAAGUGGUGAAAAAACGUAAAAGUGUUUGUUUUCUGUUUAUUGUGUGCAAAUGAUUGAUAAUAAGCGGAGUAAAAAAAUAUUUGUUUGAAAUUUCGAAAAUGGGCGGCUCUAACUGGCUGGGAUAGACCAAUGGUGUCCGGGUAAAUUUGAGUCGAGGAGGGUCGAAGACGGCCGAGAGGUUUUGUGCAGGCAAGCAGCGCCACCAGUUGGAGCACUAGCACUAGAUCGGAAAUAUGGCUGUAAAAUAACCAAAAUCCCUUUGUUAUAGUUAAAAUGUUUUUGUAUUAAAGUGGAGGCCAAACGCGUGUCGCUGGUGGUUGGCGGCUCAGGAUGUGGAAAAGGGUCCAGUGCGAGUAAGUCCGUGUAUUAGUUAGUGGUGCGUGCUAGUGAUGGUUGGCCAUCAACCUCUGGGCUUGGGGAAAAUGAAACGCGCUAGAGAUGUCUAGCGCUGCAGUGGCCAACUCGUUGAAGAUGCCGAUGUCCCGCACCCAGCUGUUCUCCUCGCACUCGUACCUGGCCGAGGGGGGCGGCCUGCCCCCGCUGAAGCCGGCGGCGAAGGAGCAGAGCCCGCCCGCCGCCGCCGCCCCCGGCGGGCUGCCCGAGCUGCAGGUGGUGGGCUCGUGCGCGCUGCAGUGCAUGCAGCCGCACAUGCUGCGCCCCAAGGGCUCCCCCGGGCCCCCCGACAAGCACAAGACCAUGGUGGCCACCCCCGACCAGGUGAUGAAGCUCUACAUGAACAAGCUGACGCCCUACGAGCACCACGAGAUCUUCAACUUCUCCCAGAUCUACUUCAUCGGGGCCAACGCCAAGAAGCGGCCCGGGAUCAUCGGAAACCCCAACAACUGCGAGUACGACAACGACCAGGGCUCCUACCUGCACAUUCCCCACGACCACGUCGCCUACCGCUACGAGGUGCUCAAGGUGAUCGGGAAGGGCUCCUUCGGCCAGGUGGUGAAGGCCUACGACCACAAGAACCACAUGCAUGUGGCCCUCAAGAUGGUCCGCAACGAGAAGCGCUUCCACAGGCAGGCUCAGGAGGAGGUGCGCAUCCUGGAGCAUCUCCGGAAGCAAGAUAAAGACAACACGAUGAAUAUCAUACAUAUGUUGGAUUCGUUCACGUUUCGUAACCACAUGUGCAUCACUUUCGAACUUUUGUCCAUCAAUCUCUAUGAACUUAUCAAGAAAAACAAGUUUCAGGGCUUUAGUCUACAGCUAGUACGCAAAUUUAGUCAUUCGCUACUACAAUGCCUUGAUGCGCUUAACAAAAACAAAAUUAUACACUGCGAUAUGAAACCGGAAAAUGUUCUGCUGAAACAACAAGGAAGAAGUGGACUCAAGGUGAUAGAUUUUGGUUCCUCCUGCUACGAACAAAACCGCGUGUACACGUACAUCCAGUCCCGUUUCUACCGCGCCCCGGAGGUGAUCCUGGGUGCGAAGUACGGCAUGCCAAUCGACAUGUGGUCCCUCGGCUGCAUCCUAGCCGAGCUCCUGACGGGUUUCCCGCUCCUCCCGGGCGAAGACGAGGCCGACCAGCUGGCGUGCAUCAUGGAGCUGCUCGGCAUGCCCCCGCAGAAGCUGCUCGACCAGUCGAAGCGCGCCAAGAACUUCAUCAGCUCGAAGGGCAUCCCGCGGUACUGCACGUGCACGACGAUGCCCGACGGCAAGGUCAUCCUGAGCGCGGGCAUCAGCCGGCGCGGGAAGCCGCGCGGGCCGCCCGGCUCCAAGGACCUGAAGCGCGCGCUGAAGGGCUGCGACGACCCGCUGUUCCUCGACUUCAUCCAGCGCUGCCUGCAGUGGGACCCCGAGGUGCGCAUGACGCCGAGCGCAGCGCUGCGCCACGCAUGGCUGCGCCGCCGGCUGCCGCGGCCGCCCAAUGAGAAGGCCGAGCAGUCGGCGGCCACGCCCACCGGCAUGCGCACGCCGAAGAGCAACACGCUCACGAGCAACAAGGUGCGGGUGCAGCUGAGCGAGGAGCGCUCGGCGACGCUGCACUCCGGCAAGCUGCCCCCCGUCACGUAGCCCCCAGCCUUCUAGGUUAGGUGACCAUAUCGCGCGAGCGGUCUUGUCUUGUGAUGCAAUGCGGACUGGAAUGUGUACAUUCCGACGUGUCAAUUUCUCCAUCCCAUCGUUUCGUUCGUCUCAUCUUAUUUAUUUAUCGACAGUGCUCACGCUCCAAUUAGACUAGUACGUGCAAUAUGCGAUUGCGACUGAGGGGGGCGAGUGGACCGCCCCUACCACUCUAUACUACUUAUACAACCAGUUCCGACAUCACUCAUUUAUUUCAUUUUACCUUCUCUAUUUAUUUAUUUUAUCAUGUGAUUUGUCCAUUUUGUGCCCUCAAUCAUACACCGAAGGGAUGUGCAUAACUAUAUCAAAAAUUUUAUCUUAUAAGUCAUUGUGAGAGCAUAUAUCGAGGAUCAAACUUUUUCAACGUGUUUGUAAACUCGCGCUAGAAUGGUGUAAGUAGAUUCACUUAUUCCUCGUUUUCGUAAAUGGUUCGUAGAAAUAGAACUAGCUCGAAAGCCGCUCCAAUCUCGGUCGUUUCCUCUUCUACGGAGGAAAACAUCGAGAAUUGGCGGGCACUGGACUUGAUAAUUUACAGCAGUCAUUUUAUUUUGCUCAAUAUUGUUUGCAUUUAUCUUGUGGUCUAAUUUGGAAAUGCGACCAAGCAGCGUCAUCCAUGAACAUGUGAGAUUACUAUUUCAGGGUAUACUAGAUAGUAUGUUUUGUUUGAGCACAACGAUGUUAAUGAUCUGUCGAAAUGACCUUAGUUUCGUUUUUAUUAGUUAAAAACUGGAUCAAGACUAAGAGCUUAUUAUUUUUGUUCGGAAAACGCUUGUUGUCUGUACAAUGUUGGGUACAUUUAAACCGUCAAGUGAUACGUAGAUUGUAUGAAUUUAGACAUUUUUGUACCAAAAUGUUGUAAAACGCUUGCCUGAUUGUUAAUUGAAUUAUGUAAAGUCCUUAAAUUGUUGUGAUUGGAUUUAAGGAUUUUUAGAGUUAAUUAUAUAAGCUCGGUAAUUAGAAGAAAAAUUCGGUAUAUGAUGUGGCAGGUGUUUCAUCUUGUCCCAUUGUUAACUGAUUGUGUACAGAUAGUGCCUAUAGCAGUGAACUAGGAUGUCUUAAGUUGCACUUGUAAGUAGAUUUAUUGUAAAUAUUAAUUUUUAAGGAUUGAUCUUAUUAUUUUUUUGACUGUCAGUAAACUCUAAAAGCAUGUGAAGAUCCUACAAUAAGUUACAAGAAAAAUUGCAAAUCUAUUAGACACUAAUCAUCUCUUCGUAGUUUUAUUAUGAUUUUCAAUUUUAGAUUAGAUUAACUGGAGUAAAACGGGCGAAAUGAUUCUGGUGUGUAGUUUUGUCCUAUUUCAUACACCAAAAUCGUUUCUCCUGUUUAUUUCAGUUAAGCACGCUCUUUUUUUCCUUAUUCAUUGUGCAAAUUUUUUGAGUAAUUUAUUGCCUAAUCAUUAUCGCACCAUACUUGGGGUAAUAAAUUCGUUAGGCAAAUUUCGUGUUCAUCAUAUUCAGUCUAAGCUUUUUAACGACUCAACAUCAAAAAAAUCUGCGCAAAUGUACGAUAAUUGUAUAAAAUAAGAAAGUAAUUAAGUUCUUGUUGAAAGAAGCUUGAUAUUUUUCCAUAUUUUUAUAUCUGACGAAAAGUUAAAGCGCACAUUUGUAUUAUAACUAAAGAUUGUGAUUUAUUAUUAAUUAAAAUAGUUUAUCGUUGUGUGAUAUAAAUUUUAACUAUUAUGCUUGACUGAUACACCCCAGCUAGGUGUUCGUUGUUGCUUUAAGUCCCAAUGUACCAAAAAGAUGUGAUUUCAAGAAGGAGCAAUAAGUAUCCUGAAUAUGGUGGGUCUUAUUUACCCAGAAGUUUUUGGUGCGGUAAUUCACGAUUACAUCUAGGUUUUUAACUUAUGAUUUUAGUUAAAGUAAAUUCCUGAAUAGGAGUAGUUAGUCUAAGUUGUUGUAGGGGCCCGUUGUGCUCACUUACUGUACAUACAGACAUGGCCCCUGACUGCUGCGAAGGGCUUGAUCUCUUUUAAUGUUACUUAUUUUAUGUAGAAGCUCGGCGUUAGUUCGUGCUCAGGCCUUAUUGAACUGCAACUUGUUCCAAUGUAAUUAAUUGUUCAUACUUUGGUGCAAAUACGAGCACCCUAUUGUGUUCUUCUUUUAUUUUGACUACACAAGUCUUGCAUUUUAAUUUUACUUCUCGAAUACACAUAACUUAUAACUUGCUGACUAACCAUUCAAUUUAGCAAAGAUGUGAUUGUAUGUAAUUUAAGUCAUGUUUAUAUAUCAUUAACUAAUAGGAUUUAAAUAAAUCUUUCUUUAUUA